AUGAACACUUCACCGCAACAACUGAAACUGAGUCACAACCACAAGACAACACCUACCCCCACACCCAAAAACACCACCAACAGCCAAGCAAGCAAUGACCAACACACACAGCACAAACCCACGGGCUGCAAGAAGACUCACAAACGAAGUGCACCCCCCCAACCCCCUACCUGGCAACCUCGAAGAGAAGUGACACAAUCCUACAACUUAACUACCCUGCCCAAACCAAAACACAACCACAAAGCGCUCAACAAACUCGACAUAAAACCGAUCAAGACGACUCAUAGCCUGAAUAACCACAAAAGGACACCACAAUAG